AUGCCGCCGCGCAUCCGGAGCAACUCAGGCUUCCGUAGCGUCCUCCUCCGUCCUUCCGGCGUGUAUUACGUGAAGAUUCGCUCCGUUGAUACACGCCUUGGGCUCAGAACAUUCGACACCACCCACGAGGCCAUCUGCGCGUACGACGCGUCGGCGUGGCACCUCGGGAGGCCACGGGUGCAGAUGAACUUAUCUGACGUGCGGACGCACGAGCAGGAGGAGGAACUCGCGCCUCCCCCGCGACUAAUCACCGAGGAGGAUCACCGCAUCCAGCGGAGGCGGGAGCGCCGCCUCCUCAUCGCCGGGGCGGACGAGCAUGCCAUGGCGGUGUCGUGCGAGCACUUCCUGCAGGAUGCGAUCGCCGAGAACGAGUUAUGGGCACAGACGAGAGCGGAGCGAGCCGCGCGUCGGGUGGACAAGUAUUAUAAGGGGAAUUUGCUGCUGGAGGAGGCAAAGCAACACCAAGUCACAGUUUCACUUGCCGCUUCAAAGGGGAGAUAUGCAAGGUUCAAAGACAAUUUGAAUGCCAAGCCAGAGGACACAAUGCAACACCACCAUCAAGUUAGCGUCUCAUGCGCCACUUUAAAAGGGAGGAGUCGAGCUGGUUGGAUGUCCAAGGAGAGGAGCACUCCUGAAGGUAUCAACAUAGAGGAACAUGCUUGGAGGUUUGGGCCUCUGCCCCGACCCAAGACGCGUCGCUUUGACCGGGCUUCCAUCGGAAUUCCAGUUGUAAUGCGGAAGAGAAAACCUCCGGAGGUGAGGAACGCACUCCACGAGAAAAGAGUCGCGGCCAAACAGGAGGAUGCACAUUACUACGCGGAGGUGGCCCUGCGUAAAUACAACAGAGCCAACAACACCAAGUUUGAGCUGGUGGAAGUAAAAGUGAUAUCUAUAUUUUACGAGUUUGGAGGGGCCGGUGCCCAUUAUAACUUCACAGCUAAGCAGCCUGAGGAGCAACAUUCUGCUGAUGCCGACAGUACCAAGCUAUUCUUCUCUGAAGUCCACCUCGAUUUUCGGAGUGAACAUAAUGUGAUUAUGUGCUGUAUAGUUGGGGAAAAUGACGCAGGGCGUUGCUAUGGCUGUGAAAACUACCAGCCUGUUGUUCACCCAAGCAGCCAAGCAUACGGCGGUGGUAGUAGUACUUGUAUUGACUAUCCUGGUUCGGACGGCGAUAGCGACAGUGACUAGUACUUGAAGCCUGGUGGCUAGUGCUGGCUUGUGUGGCUAGUCUUCUCUGGUGUGUAUUGGC